GAAAGAAGAAGAAGGCGCGUGGCGUUCCGAACUUCCAGAAACCAUUAACCAAAGCAUAAAUUCUCUCACAAGCUACACACUCGCCAACAUUUUCUCUCUGUUUUUUGUUCUCUUUCAGUUUCCGAUCUUGUCCCGUAAGUUUUGUCGUUACGGAUCCACCUUUCUCGCUCUCAACUUCCGCCAUUGCUUGAUUCCUUCCCCGUUAUUCCGUUUUGAAGACAGAGUAAUUUAGCUUUUCGAUUUUCGAACUCUUGAUUCAUUUUUCGUUUUUGCUUUUCACUUAGUUCUUCGACUUGGGUGUGUUUUAAUGAUCCUAAUCCCAUGGUUCUCUUCUCUCUACUGCCGGAUUUCAUGUGGGUAUUGUGAGAAAAGCGCCAUUAAUGGGGUUGUGAAGGUUCUUCUCUGCAAGCAUUUCUGCAGAUCUGCCAUGGAAGAUGUUAAAACAGAGCUCGUUCUGGCACUCCUUCUUGCUCUGUUUUCUGUGGGUUUUGGCGCUACCGACCCCGAUGAUCUUGCUGUUAUCAAUGAGUUCAGAAAAGGGUUGCAAAAUCCAGAGCUCUUGAAAUGGCCACGCAAUGAUAACGAUCCAUGCGGCAAUAAAUGGCCCUCUGUUUUCUGCAAAGAUACGAGGGUUUCGCAAAUUCAGGUCCAAGGGAUGGGGUUGAAAGGCCCUUUACCGCAGAGUUUCAAUCGCCUCUCUAUGCUCUCCAACAUCGGUCUUCAGAAGAAUCAAUUUUCCGGUCCCUUGCCGUCGUUCAAUGGCCUGAAGAAUCUACGGUACGCGUAUCUUGAUUACAACAAUUUCACUUCCAUUCCGGCUGAUUUUUUUACAGGCCUGGAUAGUUUAGAAGUUCUUGCUCUAGAUGGGAAUUAUUUCAAUGGUAGUUCUGGGUGGAUGAUUCCAUCGACGUUGAGCAAUUCAGCUCAGUUGACGAAUCUUACUUGUAUGAGUUGUAAUUUGGUUGGUCCCUUACCGGAUUUUCUUGGGUCUAUGUCUUCUUUAUCUGUGUUGGCGCUCUCUAACAAUAGACUCUCCGGUAGGAUUCCGGCGAGUUUUAAGGGUAUGUUAUUAUCGAGGUUUUGGCUUAAUAAUCAAGUUGGAGGUGGAAUGUCUGGUUCUAUUAAUGUGGUGACCACGAUGACUUCGUUGAGUACUUUGUGGCUCCAUGGGAAUCAAUUCUCUGGGACUAUUCCUGAAAAUAUUGGGGAUUUGAUUCUUCUGCAGGAUCUGAAUCUGAAUGGUAAUGAAUUUGUUGGGAUGAUUCCAAAGAGCUUGGCUGAUAUGAGUUUAAGCCAUUUGGAUUUGAACAAUAACAAUUUCAUGGGUCCAGUCCCGAAGUUUAAAGCAUCAAAAGUGACUUUUUCUUCGAACCAAUUCUGUCAAGCGGAGCAAGGGGUUGCUUGUGCCCCUCAAGUCAUGACCCUGAUCGAGUUUCUCGGCGCAAUGGGAUACCCUUCGAGGCUUGUCACUGCUUGGACUGGGAAUGAUCCAUGUGCAGGGCCAUGGCUGGGAGUGAACUGCAGAUCUGGGAAUGUGUAUAUCAUUAAUUUACCUAAGUUGGGUCUUAAUGGGACCUUGAGUUCUUCACUAGCUAACUUAAUGUCGCUUGCCGAGAUUCGACUUCAGAAUAACAAUUUGAGCGGUCCGAUUCCCUCGAAAUUGACUACUUUGAAGUCUCUUACUUUGUUGGAUGUGAGUGACAAUAACAUAUCCCCUCCUUUGCCUCAAUUCAGAAGCUCUGUGAAACUUGUUACAAGUGGGAACCCUUUGUUAAAUGUUAAGCAAGCCCCGUCUUCCUUGUCCUCCCCGUCUUCCCCGUCUUCCCCACCAUCAGGAAUCGGAGACGUAUCAGCUCCCAGCAGCCACUCUCCUGGAGACCUAUCACCUUCCGACAGCCACUCUUCUCCGACGGCAGGACUGGUUUCUGAUUCUGGAAAUGGGAUGGGACAAACAUCUAAACGUCCCAAGGCAUCAAUUAUAGUUUCUACUGUAGUUCCUAUUGUGAGUCUGGUAGCUGUUGCGUUUGUGGCUAUUCCUCUGUGUAUAUACUUGAUUAAGAAGAGGAGAAGCAAAGACAAGGCUCAAAAUUCUCUGGUCGUUCAUCCAGGAGAUCCAUCUGAUCCCAGCAAUUUGGUUAAGAUUGUUGUUGCAAAUAACAAUAAUAAUAGUACUUCUCCAGCGUCGGGGAGCGGUAAAACUGGACUUGGAGAUUCUCAUGGCAUUGAAUCUGGAAAUCUUGUCAUAUCUGUACAAGUUCUACGAAACGUGACGAAUAAUUUCUCUUCAGAGAACGAGCUCGGUCGUGGUGGGUUCGGAGUAGUUUAUAGGGGAGAAUUGGAUGAUGGAACAAAAAUAGCAGUGAAAAGAAUGGAGGCAGGUGUAAUUAGCAGUAAAGGAUUGGAUGAGUUCCAAUCUGAAAUUGCAGUUCUUUCAAAGGUACGACACCGCCAUUUGGUGUCACUGUUGGGAUACUCAAUUGCAGGAAAUGAGAGACUUCUUGUUUAUGAAUAUAUGUCUGAAGGGGCUCUCAGCAAGCAUCUUUUUCGUUGGAAAAGAUUAAAGCUUGAGCCUCUUUCUUGGAACAGGAGGUUAACCAUUGCCUUGGAUGUUGCUAGAGGAAUGGAGUAUCUUCACAGUCUAGCCCGUCAGAGCUUCAUCCACCGCGAUCUCAAAUCUUCGAACAUCUUGCUUGAUGAUGAUUUUAGAGCAAAAGUUUCUGAUUUCGGAUUGGUUAAACUAGCGCCUGAGGGUCAAAAAUCUGUAGUAACCAGACUUGCAGGGACAUUUGGUUACUUGGCGCCAGAAUAUGCUGUGACGGGUAAAAUUACUACGAAAGCCGACGUGUUUAGUUUUGGAGUUGUUCUAAUGGAGCUAUUGACUGGACUAACGGCUCUCGACGAAGAUAGACCGGAAGAAAGCCAGUAUCUUGCUGCGUGGUUCUGGCAUAUAAAAUCGGACAGGCAGAAGCUGAUGGAUGUUGUGGAUCCUACCUUGGAUUGUAAAGAAGAUAUAUUUGAAAGCAUAUGCGUGAUUGCUGAAUUAGCUGGACAUUGCACGACAAGGGAUCCAUUACAACGACCCGAUAUGAGUCAUGCUGUGAGCGUACUUGCUCCGCUCGUUGAGAAAUGGAAGCCAUUUGAUGAGGAGACCACAGAGGAAUAUUCAGGAGUGGAUUACAGGCUACCCCUAAAUCAAAUGGUGAAGGGAUGGCAAGAAUCAGAAGGGAAGGAUUUGAGUUAUUCUGAGCUGCAAGACAGCAAGGGCAGCAUACCAUCGAGGCCAACUGGGUUUGCGGAGUCCUUCACUUCGGGCGAUGGUCGUUGAAGAACACGAGGUACACCUUGAUGCUUCUCUUUGCCUCUUGCUUUUCUGUAGUAGGUGGAUAGCUUCUGUUUGGAUAGGUAGCUGAAUAUGUUCCAGUUCUUUUCUGGUUCCACUGCGUUUAAUUUGGAGAUU